AUGGACGCCAACGAGAACCAGCACGUUACCGAGAACCCCCAGGCUGCCCCCUCCAGCAACGACAACGCUCAGCAGGUCGGCACCCAGCAGGACGCCCUUGACAAGGGUGUCUCUGCCGCUUUCAAGCAGUUCGGCUACAACAACGUGGACAACAGCACCGUUGAGAAGGCCAGCGACGCUAUCCGAAGCGGGUUCAAGUCGUUCACCGGCAAGGACUUCCCUAUCGCCGACAAGGAGUAA